AUGUCGGGGAACGGGGCCGGAGGGGAGGGACAGGGGCAGCAGCCGUGGCGGUCCUCCUUCGCGACGCGGGGACGCGACCCCGCAAGGCCGCCCGCACCGGCGCGAGCGCAGCGCCCGAUCACUGAUGGCCCGCUGGAGGCCCUCGCGGGGGUCAUCCACCAGGCGCUGAGCCCAACCGCCGAAGAAGAGGUGCCGACGAACGAAGGGACGCCGGUGUUGGGCUCGUCAGGCUCCGUCAUCGACCGAAUCGCAAGGAUUCUGGUUAACCCAAGCUGUGGGUUGCUUCAGUACCGGAAAAGUUCAGGUGACGAGGCAUGCCCUCAGAACAGAGAAAAAAGGCAAGGUAACGGAUGCAAGGAAUCCUCUCUUAUGGGAAGCUUUGAGCCAGCAGUUCUGAGUGAUCGUGCGGGCGAAGCCAACGAUUCAGAAGCUGAAUUUUUGAAACAAAGGAAGAUGCUGGAGGCCAUUUUGCGCCAGGGCUGCUAUCGCCCGUUUUCACGUAACAUUCGUCCAAGCAGUUCCUCCGUCGUGAAUACUGAAGAUAUCAAUUCUGGUAGCUAUGAGCAAAACACUACUGAAAUAUGGAAAGGUCACAGUUAUCUUCAGACAAGGUUGCCAGAUGCCGCAAUUGUUCAGUUACCCUUGUCGGCGUUUCAGAAUUCCGUGGCUUCACUCCAACACACAACAAAGGGUAGUGAGAAGGAUAAUGAUCAAAAUCUAAACAUGUGGGAUGUGUGUCGAUUGGCUGGUGGUGUUGAGCCAUACGUCAACUUUGCCGUUGGUACCCCACUCGAGGGGUGUAAUGGAAAUGGAAAUCGCGUCCAUAAAGAAGGACAGCCUAUAAUAAAGGAAGGGAACAUAUCCCCUUUCGCAUUUAUCACAUGUCUCCUGCGUAUCGACACGCAGGUGAAGCGGGCAGGCGCAGUCACCCCCACUGAGGAGCGACGGCUCCCUUUAUCUGGUCAGAAUGCAGGCGGUGUGGGGAAGUCCCCUUCCGAGAGGCAGCCCUCCAUGGCCGAGCCAUGGCGUUUGGGGAUUGCGCUUGAUCCGGAUGUCCCCGUUAUCGUGCGCACCGUUUCGGAGUCGGGAGCUCCACCAACCCAACCAAACACUGUCGGCGACGCAGCCGCGCAUGAGCCAACGUUUCUUGGACGAAUUGAUGCGGAGACGUACCUCAUCCCCCAACGUGAGCUACUCAUCCAACUUUUCGUGCCACCACGAACUCAGAGUUUGUGCUUAGCGCAUAACCAAGAUCGUGUGCAACGCCAGAUUCGCAUGGGGCAUGCAUCGACGCCCUCAGCCCUGGAGAUGGACCGUGUCGGAGGAUAUGCCGCGGUGGGUAGCUCCACCAACAGGGCUCGAGAACCGGCGUGGAUUGCGGACAGCCGCCUCACCUACGGCCGUCUCGUCCACGGACGGUAUCACAAUGCGAAUGCCGCCAUGGAAGCGGCCGGAUUGGCGGCAUCAAGCGAUCCUACCGAGAGGCGUGGGUUGGGCGGCAACAGCAAAGCAGUGGACAGGAAACUCACCAAGGCGUCUGGUGCACAUCUGCGUCUCACUUGCCAUGAGGUACGAGCAUUGCCAGGGGAUGUUCUCUUCAUCCCCAGAGGUUGGGCCUACACGGUGAAGCGGAUUAUUGGCUCUGCUUUACUUGACAAAUCGCAUCGGGAUAAUGCCGAUCUGCAGUCAGGGACCGUUCCCAGGGCGAAGACUAUUUACAGCAACAAAUUCCACAAUGUGAUGCCUUCUUCAGAAUGGACAAGGGGGGUUGCAGCUUCACAAAAAAAAGACCCUUCCGCCAGUACAGUGGUGGAUGCAUCGAGUGAAGGGGAAAAGAAUGGUGAUAUCGUCCGGAAUGGCACCACAGAGGGUGAAAAUCCUCUCACUGUGAGCAGCGUCGAGUUGGAUGCCUUUUGCUUACUCUACAAACCGUACCCCGAGCUUUCUGCUAUGCAGGCUCAUGUGUAUGUGCCAGCCAAUUAUACCCACCGUGGCGUGGAAGAAUUUUAUGACAAAGGUGGAAAUCCUACCUACUACAAGUAUGAGUGA